UGAUUGUUCAUGCAAGUCAUUCUGUGCAGACAGAUGCUGGCAGUCUCUCAAUCAGUAAAUCUACUAGUCAGUCCCAUGGAUCCACAUUCAUAAUGAAAAGGAUUACAGAGGCUUCUAAUUAACAAAGCCCUGUUCGUGGGAACAUAUAUAACCUUACAUUUGGUCUUUAAAGUAGCUACCAGCUCAUUAACCUCCAACACGUGUUGCUUGUUGGAAGGAUGAAGCUCAUGAGAAGAAACUGACCCAUGAGUCUGGGCCUCUCUGUAUAUCUUCAAAUCCUUUACAAAAGUCAAGUGGGAAAAACAGGAAACUUCCACAAUGGCGUUGUAUCUUCUACUGGUGAUGCUGACAGCAUGUGCUGCCAUUCCUCAAGAUCUGUCAGGUAAAAUGUUCACCUUCCCGCAACAAACCAACACAGCUCAUGUGAGGCUGACUACAUCAAGACAGGUUCUGAGAGCUGUGACCGUUUGUCUCAGAUCCUUUACAGACCUCCGUAGAGUUCACAGCCUUUUCUCUAUGGCCACCCCUUCUGUUGCCAAUGACUUUCUGAUUUUCAAGGAUGGUGCAAACGAUGAGAUUGACCUCUGGAUCAAGAAUAACCAUGUAGACAUAAGAGGGCAGGACUACAAACUGAACACAUGGCACUCAAUUUGUACCACAUGGGACUCUGCAUCUGGACUGGUACAGCUGUGGUUGGAUGGAAAACCCUCAAGUAGGAAGUUCAUCAGCUCUGGAUCCAGCAUCAGCGGCCCCAUUAUCAUUGUUUUAGGACAGGAACAGGAUUCCCAUGGUGGAGGCUUUGACAUUAAUCAGUCUUUCGUUGGCAUGAUGUCUGAUGUCCACCUGUGGGACUACACCCUCUCCUCCUGUGAGAUCCAGAGCUACUCAGAUCGUCUAAAAUUCCCUCCAGGGAAUGUGCUCAACUGGAGUGCGCUGUCGUUCCAGACCAUAGGAAGAGUGCUGAUAGAAGAUAAACAAAGAAACUGUUAUUAAACGUUUGCAGAGUCAAAAAAAAAAAUCUCGAAUGGAAAAGUAAAAGAAUUUCUUAAAAUGAGUUAAAACAAAGUUUAGAUUGUUUUUCUGUUUUAUUAUUAUUAUUAUUAUUAUUAUUAUUAUUAAUAAUAAUAAUAAUAAUAAUAAUAAUAUCAUUAUUCUCUUUUGCUUUAUUUGUUUGUCAGUUCAUUGUAAUACAAUGCUUUUUUUUUUACUUAUGAAUGUUUAACACUCUGAGUGUUUUUGUUUUUUUUAUUUUGUGUUCCCUCGUAAAAUGUGUGAAACAAUCUUUAAUCCCGUCAAUGCUAACUUGUGAAUUCAUGCCAUUGCAUCAAAAAAUGUAAUCCAGCUGGAGAUGAAAAAAAAGUUCAGAUGUAUUACAUCAGUUCUGUAUAUGCUUUUCUUUCCCAAAGAUAUUGCUUUCAUAGAUAUGACACAUUGUGUGUGCUCUUCAGUAGUAGCUUGUGAGUACUCUACUGUAAAUGUCUCCUCUUUUGAUGGCUACACCUUCUGUGUUCUUCAUUUCAUCUCCCAAUGGUCUUAUUUGCGACCAGUUGUAUCUGUAACACGUUUUUGAUGUAAAGUAAAGUUGUAUUGUGUUUAACAACGUCUGUAGCUCAACAACUAGCUAAGCUCAACGAUGCAAUAUUGUAAGGAAAAUAUAAUAUUGUAUUGUAAAUAAUGAAUUGGAUAUCAUGUAAACACUUCUCUUACUUUGUUUCUGAAACAAUUAAAUAAAUAUAUCUACCGGAGAACCAAAACGUAUUGCUUCAAAAAGCAGAAGCUACUCUGUAAGAGUUUAUCAUAAAUGAAAUAGGACUUUGGUAAUAAUGUAGCCUUAAAGGUUUCUUGCCAAGAUGGAUAAUAUCGGGUCGU